UUCUUGUUGGUUAUCUGGCAGUUUAGAUUACUUAUAAAUUAAUUUUAUAAUAAUGGCUUUGGCUCAAUUGUGUGGUUUGGAGAAUUAUUAUUCUCAAAAUGAUGAUACUGAUGAAUAUGCAAAAUUAACACGUAAUUUCCAAAAUAAUAUGGAAUUAUGUGUUCCUCCAUUCGCAAAUCCUGCGGUGGAACUUGCUAAUAUGAAAGAUGAACAAGGAAAUAAGUUGCGUAUGCAUUUUGAUCAUGGUACUACAACUCUUGGAUUUCAAUUCCGAGGUGGUGUGAUACUAGCAGUUGAUUCCCGAGCAACUGGUGGACAAUUUAUUGGGUCACAAUGCAUGAAGAAAAUUGUUGAAAUUAAUGAUUUUUUGUUAGGAACUUUGGCUGGUGGAGCAGCUGAUUGUGUUUAUUGGGAUCGUGUGCUAGCAAAACAAUGCCGUUUACAUGAACUGCGCAAUAGAGAAAGAAUAUCUGUAGCAGCUGCAAGCAAACUUAUGUCUAAUAUGGUUUAUAAUUAUAAAGGAAUGGGCUUAUCUAUGGGUAUGAUGUUAGCGGGCUAUGAUAAGCGAGGACCUGCAUUGUACUAUGUAGAUUCAGAAGGUACAAGAACUCCAGGAAAAGUUUUUUCUGUGGGUAGUGGUUCAGUAUAUGCAUUUGGUGCUUUAGACUCUGGUUAUGAUUGGAAUUUGAGUGAUGAAGAUGCAUAUGAACUUGCAAGACGCUCUAUUUAUCAUGCCACUCACAGAGAUGCCUAUUCAGGUGGUAUUGUCAGAGUGUAUCAUAUGAAACCUACUGGCUGGGUACACAUUUCCGAUGAAGAUUGCAUGGAUCUGCAUUAUAAAUAUGAAGAGCAAAACGGAUUGAAAAAAAAUUAAAUUGACAUAUAAUGAUUGUACUUUAAGGUUUUAUUAAAUGAAUUAAUAA